GGCAUUUGAGCACUGCCGGUCGGUCUGUCCGGUGUUUUCUUUUUUAGUCGGCGGUCAAACACACACACACGGUGUAGAUUUAUUUAUCUUUUUCCUUUUUAAUUUAUACUUAAACUGUUUACAAAGAUGCCUGGAUAUUCCGACAGAGACCGCGGCAGGGACCGGGACAGAGACAGAGGUUAUGGCGGUGGUCCUCCUCGCUUUGGUGGCAACCGUGGAGGAGGUGGCGGCGGCGGCGGAGGGAAGUUCGGCAACCCCGGCGAGCGGCUGCGGAAGAAACAAUGGAACCUGGACGAGCUGCCCAAGUUCGAGAAGAACUUCUACCAGCAGCACCCCGACGUGGCCCGCAGGUCUCUGCAAGAAGCCGAGCAAUACAGAAGGGCCAAGACCAUCACAUACAAGGGCAGAGACUGCCCCAACCCAAUCCUGAAGUUCCACGAAGCCAGCUUCCCAUCUUAUGUGAUGGACGUGAUCAACAAACAAAACUGGUCCGAACCAACUCCCAUCCAGGCUCAGGGCUGGCCUCUGGCUCUCAGCGGCAAGGAUAUGGUCGGCAUUGCACAGACCGGAUCUGGCAAAACGCUUUCUUAUCUGUUGCCUGCAAUCGUACACAUAAACCACCAGCCUUUCCUGGAACGUGGAGAUGGCCCCAUUUGCUUGGUGCUCGCCCCGACCCGUGAACUGGCACAGCAGGUCCAACAGGUGGCCGCAGAAUACGGCAGAGCUUCUCGCCUCAAGUCUACCUGUAUCUACGGAGGAGCACCCAAGGGACCCCAGAUCCGUGACCUGGAAAGAGGUGUGGAGAUCUGCAUCGCCACUCCAGGAAGGCUCAUCGACUUCCUCGAGGCAGGGAAGACGAAUCUCCGCAGGUGCACUUAUCUCGUGUUGGAUGAGGCCGACAGAAUGCUGGACAUGGGCUUCGAGCCCCAGAUCAGGAAAAUCGUCGACCAAAUCAGACCUGACCGUCAGACUCUUAUGUGGAGUGCUACAUGGCCCAAAGAGGUUCGCCAGCUGGCGGAGGACUUCCUGAAGGAGUACGUCCAGAUCAACAUCGGGGCGCUGCAGCUCAGUGCCAACCACAACAUCCUGCAGAUCGUGGACGUCUGCAAUGAUGGCGAGAAGGAAAACAAACUCAUCCGUCUGCUGGAAGAAAUCAUGAGUGAGAAAGAGAACAAGACCAUCAUCUUUGUAGAAACAAAGAGGCGGUGUGAUGACCUCACCAGGAGGAUGCGACGAGAUGGAUGGCCAGCUAUGGGAAUCCAUGGAGAUAAGAGCCAGCAGGAGAGAGACUGGGUUCUCAAUGAGUUCAAAUACGGAAAAGCUCCGAUCCUCAUUGCUACAGAUGUUGCCUCCAGGGGUCUAGAUGUUGAAGAUGUGAAAUUUGUCAUCAACUUUGACUACCCCAACAACUCUGAGGACUAUAUCCACCGCAUUGGCAGAACGGCUCGUAGCCAAAAGACUGGCACGGCUUAUACCUUCUUCACUCCGAACAACAUGAGGCAGGCCAGCGACCUCAUCUCUGUGCUCCGCGAGGCCAACCAGGCAAUCAACCCCAAGCUCCUCCAAAUGGCGGAAGACAGAGGAGGUCGUUCAAGGGGAGGCCGAGGUGGUGAUUAUGACCGUCGGGAUAGAUAUUCCUCUGGAAGGCGCGACUUUGGCGGUUUUAGGGACCGAGAUAACGGUAGAGGGUUUGACAACGGACCAAGUAAAGCUUUUGGCACAAAUUCACAGAACGGCGGCUACGGGGGCAGCAACGGUGCCAGCAACGGCUUCGGCGGGGGCAGCUACAACGGUAACGGACAGUCCAACUUCAACCAAACGGGAGCCUUCGGAGGCCAGAACAACUUCCAGGCCCCGCAGUUCGCUCCCGCCAAGGCCGGUGCACAGACUGCAGCCGCUCACCCCCCGUUCCCCUUCCCCCAGGCGCAGGCCCCCCAGCAGCAGCAGCACCCACCGCCGCUGGUGCCCUACCCCAUGCCUCCUCAGUUCUCUCAGUAAAAUGCACAUACACUUGAAAGAAGUAAUUUAUUGCUUUUUCUUUGUCUUUUUAAGUUCAACUUAAUCCAGAAAUUUUUUGUAUUUACACCAACAGGGUUACAAACAACAUCAACCUCUAUGAAAGCCUUUUAAAAGAUCUGCAGUGCAACAAUAGUGACGUUGCACACUUUUUUUUUUCACCCCAAUACUAUUUAAUUUGUUACAUUCCUCCGUAACGUUUAGUUAUGUUUUGUACUAGGUAAUUACAGUUGUAUUGGUUUUUCAUGUAUCAUUGAAAGUGAUGUUAAGCUCCUACCAUGGAAGUGCACUGCAUGAUCUUUCAAAUAAAACGUAAAAAACAAA